AUGGAGAGGAAUAGGGAGACUAGGAGGGGGGCGUCAUCUGUUAAUGCUGGAAGCUUUUCUUCAUCUCGGCGAAGAUCACGCAGCAUUGGGAUCCAAGACUCCUCUGGAGUUUGUGAUGCUGAGGAUGGUGGAGGGAAUGAUUUUGUGAAAGUUCGAUCAAAUGGGAAGAAGGAGCGGCCGAGCAGGAGACGGAAGCUGAGCUCGAACGGGAGGUCUCAUAUUGAUAAAGAAGAGAAGGAAAGCUCUGAUGAAAGCUUGGACGAAGAUGAAGAUUUUAACGAUGAAGAUGAACGUCUUAGAGGCAGUGGCACUGGCUGUAGCUCUUCAAGACGAAUCGACAGAGCGAAUCCUCAAUUGAAGGGGCCGGAUGAGGUGAUUGGGGUUUCAGUUCCUCGAAGAGCUCGCUCUGCUUCGGUGAAGAGGUUUCAGGACUGGAGUGCUCGACAAUUCUCUUCUUCACCUCUUCGAACGAUUGUGGCUUUGCCUUCUCCUCCUUCAUCAAAUCCAUCGACCAAAGCAACGAGAAAAGUGGUGAAGCCCACGACAAAAGCAAAACCUUCAAAGACAUCAAAGGUUUUGAUUUCUGAAAGCGAAGUUGAAGUUGCACAAUUCCUGUAUGGAUUGACCAUGCUACAAUCUCAUCAAUCUCCUGCGAAGCCAGAUGGCUUUCAGAGUCCUUUACAAGUUGAUCACAAACACAACUCGGAAAAUGAAGGCUCUGCUUUAGUUCCAUCUAAAACUUCAUCUCCAGGGUCAACUGUAGUUUCUCCUCCAUCUUCACAUCCAGCAAUGUUGCUGCAAAAUUCAAGCUCUGUAUCUACUACUGCGAUAGUUCCAAAGAGGAAGAAGCCAAGAACUGUACAAUUGGAAGAUGGUGACAACUCCACAAUGACGGUGUGCUCUUCAAAGCCCUCUGUAUGCAGCAGCAUUGGACAUAAUUCAAGCAGUUCAGUUCCUGCUUCUUCACCCAAAACUGAAACAUACAAGGAUUCCCCAGCUGCAAAAGCAGAGGUUUUAUCCCCAAAGUCAGAUAAGAAUACCAUAUCAAAUGAAGGGACUGCUUCAAAACCAGAAAAUUCUUUGCCAAUUUCGUCACCUUCACUAAUUUCUCCUCCGAAAGACCUUUCCUUGGCGGAGGAGAAACCAAUUACUAAAUGUUCUUUAGAGACAAAGACUUCAAUGUCACUGGAAAAAAACCUUCAAACCACUCAUACUCCAAAAGUGGAGGCUGGAACUUUAGAAGUCGAGUUGCAAUCAUCUGCUGAUGUUGUGGAGAAAGAAUCAAGCCCAACUGGUCAAGAUACAGCAGCUUCAUUGAUAUCAGAUGUUACACCAGAGACUCCUAAUAUUAUGUCACCAGAUUCUGCAGCUGCCGAGGGUACUAAGGUAGUGAAAUUUGAAAUUGAUCUGAUGGCUCCCCCCCAAAAUGAUGAUGAUGAUGAUGAUGAUGAAGUAGGUACAAAUGCGCAGGCAUCAAACAAGAAUACACAGAACCCAGUCAUUGGUGAAGCCACUAGUAAGACUGAAGUGAUCACCAAUACUGAAGGACAAGUGGAGGCAGAUGAAGCAAGACGAAGGCACAAUAACAGCAUUCAGGAUUUGGGGCAGAAUAUGCAGAUGAAGGAGACUGUGAAGGUGGAAACCUUGAACAAGCAUUUGCAUAAUGUGAAGAAAAGCCAAUCAUCUAAUGUUGAUGAUAAAAAGAACUUGGAUAAGAGUGAUAACAAGCAGGUCUCUCAGAAACUAUCAAGAAUUUCAGCAAGACCAACUGAUAGAACUGGCCCACCUGUUGGAAUCAUGGCAUCCACAUCGAACCCUAUUCCAAUUACAGUUCCCGGCUGGCCUGGCGGUCUUCCUCCAUUUGGGUACCUUUGUUCAAGUCCGUCUAAUCUUUCAGGAUUGCAAGCUGUCCAAGACGCCAUGCCCAAGGAAGGGAACUGUGCAAUACCAAAUCCACCUUUUAUGAUGCUACCGCAGGUGCGGCCCAGUCGCUGUGCCACCCAUUGUUUCAUUGCUCGGCUCAUACACUAUCAGCAACAUUUGGCUAGACUCAACACUUUCUGGCAUGCCGCUGGGUCUGCAGCUCUGUAUGGAGGCAAACCAUAUAACUUGAAUAUGUUGCCACCUUCAGAUUCAAUACUUUUCAGUGCUGGUUCCGUAGUUAGAAAUCCAAACGUGGUCACAUAUGGUAAUCUUGGACCUGGUUCAGUAAUCACAUUAAAUGGACACAAUUCAACAGACAAACUAUCCAACUCUGUUGCAGAGAACCAAAGAAAGCCAUCUCAGCUUCGCCAAUCAGUGCAUCAGAAUAGAUCAAGCGGAACCAUAUCUUGCAAUGGAGUGGAAAAUGCUAGUUUGGUAUCUGCUUCUGCUGGUUCUGCAGCUGCUCCUUCAGCAUCUGUAAAUUCCAAUUUUAGUAGCAUUGCAGCAACCCAAGAUCUGCAGUACCUGGCUAUGCUUCACAGCAGUUAUCCUUUACCUAUUUCACCUGCAUACAGAGCCCAUAUAACACAGCAACAGCAGCCGGGAGCUCCUUUCUUUGGUGGCUCUAUUUAUCCUGCUCAUCUCUUGCAGCUUCAGUCAUGCAUGCCUCCGCAUCCCCAUAAACAGAACCACUCCUCUUCAUCUGUAUCUUCAUCGAAUCCCCCUCCAGAAUCUUGCCGCACUGAGGCUGAACCUGUCCAGGACCGAGAGGGUGGUUCCAAGGUCCAGGUCGUGCCUACUCAGAAGAAGCUUCCUGGCCAAAAUGUUUCAAGAACACCAAAUUUCCAUCAGAAUUUUGCGAUAAUACCUCCAUCUUUCAGUGGAAAACAGCCACAGAAGCAACCUGGUGAUCAUAAUGUUCAUAUGAGCUUGAAAGGUGUGGAGGCCGCUGCUGGAUCUUUCCCUUCUGGACAUCCUAUGUUGCAGACUAUGCCAAACCUUGGGCAGCACCAAUAUCAGAUUGGUGGUGGGCACAUUGCCAUUCAAGCUGCAAACCAGUCAAAAGGUCCUGCAAAAUCUGCUGCUUCUGUCACAGUCGGUGAUAAGUUUCCAGAGCCUAAUCAUGCCCAGUCAUUUCCGGUAUCUGCUAAGCAGCAGCUUCAAAAACAGAUUGUGGCUCGAACCCAACCGUUGGAUUCUUCUGUUUUGGCAGCUGGGGGAUCAUCUGGGGUGGAUCAUACCGGUCGUAUCUGGGCAGGCUACUCAAAUGCUGGAACCAAUUUUCAAGCAGGUUCAAUGGGUUUUCCUCAGUGGAAAAUGCUCCCUUCUGAGAGGGCUGCCCCUGGAGGCUUACCGGGCAAUUUUGUUCAGUCAGGCAUUGUAGUAGCAACUGCAGCGGCAGCACAAAACACUGGAAGCUCAGUUGAGAAGGCAUCAAGGGUGGCCUCUCCACCUAUGAAUUCUGCCCACAUAGCUCCCUCGUCUGGACCAUCUGUCAUGCCUCUAUCAGUUCAAGCUCAGAGCCAAGCCAAGACACAACUUUACUUCUCCAAUGAGUCUGCACACCAGAGUUCUGGCAGUAGCAGUACUCUGUCAUCUCAAAGACAUUCUGCAGAGAUGAGUUCAGCAAGACAUGUGAUGUUUCCAGAUGCUCUCAAUUUGAGAAGACCUGCCAAUCAGCAGGCACAGCCAUCUCUGACAAUGGGUGGUUCUGGUGCCUACCUAGGUGAUGGGAAGAACCAUGCAGUGUUUGGUCAUCCCCUGGCUGGAAGUUCAGUUGCAGUAAUGGCUGCAGCAUCUUAUGCCCAGUCAGUGGCGAACUUGCCCAUGAAAUCUGCUGAACAGAAACCGGCAGCAGCAUGAGAAUUUGGGACAGAAGGUAGUUGGUAGAGGAGAAAAGAACGAAAGAAAAAGAGAAUAGGAAUGGACAUUUCAUGCAGAAAGAGUACUGUAUCCAUGUUUCUUUUCCCCUCCUUGACAAGGGAUGCUGGUGGAACUCAUUGG